AUGCCGGUCACCUUUAAGGUCGCGAAACACGCAGCGGAGGAGUUUCCAUGGACCCCUUUUCCGGUCAAAACUACGGGUGCGGAGAGACCCCUCCAGGUCGCCGCAUUUGCACAAUGGCGACAGUGCCAAGAGCUGCUCCAGACAUCCAUCGCACCCGAAGACCUUCCAGAACUCGAGCCCGCGCGGGGCAAUGGGUUCGUCGAGGUCGUCCUGACAGCUUACAAGAGACAUCACCAUUUGGUGAUCAGACCUGAUGACGUGUGGAUAUCCUUCCUCAGCCAGCUCAACUUCUACGUGAACACGCACGCAGAAGAGCUCCGCUCGCACUUCGUCGCGCACGGAGCCAGGAAGCUCCUCACCGUCCCCGCGGCCGGCACGCGCUACGUUGUCGAUCCGAAGCUCGUCGACUGGAUCCUGCCCGACUUUACGACGACGACGGUCAAGGACAAGACGAUCUGCGCAGUGCUCUUGAUGUCCUCGCUCGAGUCGUGCUUCCACUACGAGAUAAUGUGCAUAUGCGGCAUCCCCUCGGUCACGCUCGAGGGCGAGCGCGCAGACUGGCAGAAGCUCCUCGAUAGGCCGGCGGCGUGGACGCGCAUGCUCCGGCCGAUCCUGGAGCGCUUUGUUAAGGCGUUCGACGGAAAGCCAGAUGUGGAGUUCUGGGGGAACGUCGCGCAUGCGCACCCGAAUUACUACGGGCCAGAAGAUAUGAGCGGGUGGAUUACGGCGCUCUCAGUGUGGAACUGUCAAGGGCGGUGGCAAGGGCGGCCAUUGGAGGAGGUCACGAAUCCCAGAGAGGUUCCGGAUGCUGAGGAGAGGGAGAAGCUGUCACCAAGGGAUAAAGACAAACUCGAGCGACGCUACGUGCUAGACGGAAUCUCCUACCCCGCGCUCUCGCAGACGCAGAUGGCGGAAGGGUUUUGUGAGGUGGACGUACUGCUGGACGACAACGGGCAGCGGUUCGACUGUGUGAUGGUCGCAGGCCAUGUUGCCAUUGCAGUGUCUGGGUCGGCGGAGAGCCAGAGGGACACAUUAAGUCCAUCUCCUGAAUGGUUCAUUUACAUCAAGCGCAAAGAACGGUUUUACUAGCCGGUUUUCGGUGCCUAGUAUCAGUUUCUGGCGAGCAGGCCCGAGCAGCUGAAUCUGACGCUGUGUCCCAAAAAGCCAAGCAGGCUCUAAGCUGGAGGUGCUGCGGAGCGAGCAGCGAUGUUAUGCGCUGCGAUCGAGGGGGGAGCAGGCUGCGUGGGCGUUGUGUGGGGUUGGUUUCUUUCACCUAAGCGCCGCCAUUGGAACUCGACGUAUUUGCCUCUUUUUUACAUAUUCUAGCUCAGGAAUGCGACGCGCGAUGCUCGGUCGAUGUAUGUUGUAUAUCGAGUCGACCGCGAUCCCUCUGAUGGAAGAGGUUCUAG